UAUGGUCACGUGUCAGACAGACCGGAAGAAUCCCUUUCCGGGAACCGGGGUAGCGAUUUCCGGCUUGCUGAAGAAAGUUGAGCAGGAGAGGUCUUGCAGGUUCUUGGAUUCCGAAAAAUGGACAGUCAAGGCAGGAAAGUGGUGGUUUGUGACAAUGGAACCGGGUUUGUGAAGUGCGGCUAUGCGGGCUCCAAUUUCCCCGAGCACAUCUUCCCCGCCCUGGUGGGCCGGCCCAUCAUCCGCUCGACCGCCAAAGUGGGCAACAUCGAGAUCAAGGACCUGAUGGUGGGGGACGAGGCGAGCGAGCUGCGCUCGAUGCUGGAGGUGAACUACCCCAUGGAGAACGGCAUCGUGCGCAACUGGGACGACAUGAAGCACCUGUGGGACUACACCUUCGGCCCGGAGAAGCUCAACAUCGAGUCCCGCAGCUGCAAGAUCCUGCUCACGGAGCCGCCCAUGAACCCCACCAAGAACCGCGAGAAGAUCAUCGAGGUGAUGUUCGAGACGUACCAGUUCUCCGGGGUCUACAUCGCUAUCCAGGCUGUUCUCACACUCUACGCCCAAGGCCUCCUGACGGGCGUGGUGGUGGACUCGGGCGACGGCGUGACGCACAUCUGCCCCGUUUACGAGGGCUUCUCCCUGCCCCACCUGACCCGGCGGCUGGACAUCGCCGGGAGAGACAUCACGCGCUACCUCAUCAAGUUGCUGUUGCUGAGGGGAUAUGCCUUUAACCACUCUGCGGACUUUGAGACGGUGCGCAUGAUGAAGGAGAAGCUCUGCUACGUGGGAUAUAACAUCGAGCAGGAGCAGAAGCUGGCUCUGGAGACCACUGUACUGGUGGAGUCCUACACGCUCCCGGACGGCAGGGUGAUAAAGGUGGGGGGUGAGAGGUUCGAGGCACCGGAGGCCCUGUUCCAGCCCCACCUCAUCAACGUGGAGGGCGUGGGCGUGGCCGAGCUGCUCUUCAACACCAUCCAGGCAGCCGACAUCGACACCAGGGCGGAGUUCUACAAACACAUCGUGCUCUCGGGGGGCUCCACCAUGUACCCCGGCCUGCCGUCCCGUCUGGAGCGCGAGCUGAAGCAGCUGUACCUGGAGCGCGUGCUGAAGGGCGACGUGGACAAGCUGUCGAAGUUUAAGAUCCGCAUUGAGGACCCCCCUCGGCGUAAGCACAUGGUGUUCCUGGGCGGGGCCGUGCUUGCUGACAUCAUGAAGGACAAGGACAACUUCUGGCUGACGCGCGAGGAGUACGAGGAGAAGGGCAUGCGCGUGCUGGAGAAGCUGGGCGUCACCGUCAGAUAAACCGGGGUCCCCCCGCCGGGCCCCGUACCCCCCCUGUGCCCCACAUACCCCCCCUGUGCCCCACAUACCCCCCCUGUGCCCCACACACCCCCCCUGUGCCCCACAUACCCCCCCUGUGCCCCA